AUGUCCAAAGGAAGCGUCUUUCUGAUCGGCCCCGGUUUCAUCGGGGGAGAAAUCCUGUCGAACCUGCUCAAAGAUGGUUACAACAAUAUCACUGUUCUAGUUCGUCGUGAGUCGGUCGCAGCUUCGUUCCACCAACUGGGCAUCACCACGGCACUAGGUACAUUGGAAGACUCAGCUGUUAUCCAAAAGCAAACUACGCUACAUGACAUUAUCAUUCACUCUGCAACUGCAGAUCACCUUCCAUCUGUUCAAGCGGUUUUAACCGGAAUUUCUGGCCGAGCGGCGAGCGGAUUAAGCACUAUCUAUAUCCAUACUAGCGGUGCGAGUCUACUCAGUGACACCGCCACAGGUGAACAUGGAAGCGACGUUGUUUAUGACGACGAAAAUCCUGCCAUGAUAGAUGCACUUCCAGAAACUGCCGAUCAUCGCCUAAUAGACUUGGCCAUCGUGAGCGCGAGAACCAAACUCGGGGAUAAAGCAAAAUUGGCCAUCAUGAUUCCUCCGCUCAUCUAUGGCGUGAGCAAUCGAGACCGGAGACUUUCGAUUCAGCUUCCAGCAAUCGUCAGAUACUCGCUUAAACACGGCUAUGCUGGUCAGAUCGGCAAAGGUCUCUCCGUUUGGAAUCAAAUUCACGUUGCUGAUCUGGCAAGAGGCUACAUGACAUUGCUGCAUUGGAUGGAGCAGACCAGCGCUAAUAAUGUUAAUACAAAUCCAUACUGGUUCUGUGAGAAUGGCGAGGAGCUCUCUUGGGGAGAAUGCUCGGCCGAAAUAGGGCGCGCUCUUUACCAGGCUAGUCGCAUCAAGGACCCAGAGCCAAAGACAAUACCACCUGAGAACUAUGGUGAUCUUUUUGGAGGGGGUUCCGGAAGUGUGAUUGGCUCCAAUUCCAGAAGCAGAGCAAAUCGCCUUCGAGGUUUAGGAUGGAAGCCUCGAGAGAAGAAAACCUUGCAGUCCUUGGUGGAGGAUGAAAUCCCAAUUCUACUGAAGGAAACCGGAGAGUGGCAGGGCUACAUGCACGAAAUUGCUUCUCGCGGUAGCAAGUAA